AUGCAUCCGGGAGGCGAAGCUGGGGCCUCCUCGUUCUCCUCUGAGUCGCGGAGUCAACAACAUUCCCCGAUACAGCGCCGUGACAGCAACCUAUCUUCACCGGAUCCGUACGAAUUGAAUAAUUCACUCACCGGAGGUUUACAUGAGCCUAUAUCCUUUAAGCGCAAACAAAAGCAGCGAUCCGGUUUUAGCUUAUCGAAUCUAUUUUCCAAUAAUACUACGGAAUCCGUUGCUGGAGACACAGCGUUCACGUCUUCGAACACGCGGAAUGGAAGGCUCCAUGAAACCGUAUCAUCUUCAUGGGAUCGUCCGAUGAGUAGCAAUGGAAAUGUCACUGCGCAAAAAGAUGGCGGUCUCCUUGAUUGGUAUGUGGAAGGCCCAGGGCGACGAGUAGGCUAUGAUGACCUCACCGCAAUCGACUGGAUAUUUGAGUACACAAAGGAACGCCAGAGGAAGAGGCAUUUAUAUUCCCAUGGUCAAGGGGCUGUAGGAUAUGUAUUCAAGUUUCUCGACGCCAGUAAUGUCUGGAUAGUGUUGAUCGCUACUGGAAUAUUGGUUGGGAUCAUUGCAGCUUUUAUUGAUGUUGCAAGCGACUGGUUAGGGGAUUUGAAAACUGGGUAUUGCAAGAAUGGGGCUGGGGGAGGCAGGUUCUACCUAAAUAAAAGCUUCUGUUGCUGGGGUCACGAUGAGAUCUCUAAUUGUCUAGACUGGACACCCUGGGGGAAAGCACUAGGUGUUACCUCUUCCAGUGGUGUCUUCACGGUUGAAUACUUAUUCUACGUCCUUUACUCUGUACUGUUUGCUGUAUGCGCUACAGUCUUGGUUAGGACCUAUGCGCUUUAUGCGAGACACAGCGGUAUCCCUGAGAUCAAGACGAUUCUCGGUGGCUUCGUGAUAAGGCAUUUUAUGGGGCCUUGGACGCUUGCGAUAAAAUCUUUGGGAUUAUGUUUAUCCGUUGCAUCUGGUUUGUGGCUGGGUAAAGAAGGCCCUCUUGUCCAUGUCGCAUGCUGUUGUGCCAGCGUGAUAAUGAAGCCUUUCGAAAGUUUGAACCAUAACGAAGCGAGAAAACGCGAAGUUCUGUCCGCAGCCGCCGCUGCAGGCAUCUCUGUUGCGUUCGGGGCCCCAAUCGGGGGUGUCUUGUUUAGUUUGGAGCAAUUAUCCUAUUAUUUUCCCGACAAGACAAUGUGGCAAAGCUUUGUCUGUGCCAUGGUUGCUGCAGUGACGUUACAAGCCUUAAACCCUUUCCGCACGGGCAAUAUUGUCCUUUACGAAGUCACGUAUACACGCGGAUGGCAUCGCUUUGAGAUGAUUCCGUUUGUUACCCUUGGCAUAUUAGGCGGCCUAUAUGGAGCGUUUCUUAUCCGCUUGAAUAUGAAAAUUGCUCAAUGGCGGCGAUCUCGUAGUUGGUCACGGCCAAUUGCAGAGGUGGUGUUGGUAGCUCUUUUAAGCGCUUUGAUCAAUUAUCCGAACUUGUUUAUGAGAUCUCAAAACUCUGAGCUUGUUCAUUCUCUAUUUGCCGAAUGUGGAAAUGGGGGUGAAGAUCCUUUCGGUCUUUGCAAGACUGGCGCUGCAUCCGUUACUACGAUAGCUCUUUUGCUGAUGGCUGCGAUCCUUGGUUUUUUCCUUGCAUCGAUGACUUUUGGUUUGGAUCUGCCCGCCGGUAUUAUCCUGCCUUCCGUUGCCAUUGGUGCUUUAUAUGGGCGUGCUCUAGGCACGACUUUCAAGAUGUGGCAAGAAGCUUAUCCCAACGUCUUCCUCUUCGGAAACUGCGAGCCAGAUAUCCCCUGCGUCACCCCCGGGCUAUAUGCAAUCGUUGGUGCGGCUUCGGCUCUUGGUGGAGCCACUAGGAUGACUGUGUCAAUAGUGGCCAUCAUGUUUGAACUCACUGGUGCCCUCACCUACGUUAUCCCAAUCAUGAUUGCAGUCAUGCUAUCGAAGUGGUGUGGCGACAUAUUUGGAAAACGUGGCAUUUACGAGUCAUGGAUUGAGUUGAAUGAGUAUCCUUUCCUCGACCAACGUGAUGAUACUACUCCGCCCGAUGUGCCUGCUCAUAAAGUCAUGACAACCGUGGAUGACUUAACAGUCAUUAUCGCCGUGGGUCAUACAAUUGACAGCCUUCGGCAUCUCCUCCUGACCACUUCAUACCGUGGAUAUCCCGUCGUAACCGAUACGUCAAAUCCUGUUCUUCUAGGUUAUAUAUCUCGGAACGAACUUUCGUUCGCUUUGAAGUAUUCGAAGUCGCCUACAGACCGAGAAUUGUCUGGUGAAACCCAGGUCUUUUUCGCUCAUCAACCUUUUGCAGAUCCGGUUGAGACGCUCGAUCUUCGUCCAUGGAUGGACCAGACCCCUAUCACCCUGAACAGCAGUACGACAUUCUCGCUAGUGCUUCAGAUGUUCCAGAGGCUUGGACUGCGUUACAUCUUACUUUCGGACAAAGGAGUUCUCCAAGGCCUGCUCACUAAGAAAGAUGUUUGGUCGGUCAUCAACGGACCAGAGUUCCGAAAAGGCGGAUUCUCUAGAGAGAGUGCAGCCCGCCCAGUGAAUACGGCAGAAGAGGUUGGACUCCUGGAGAACGAUGAUGUGACUAGUCUGGCCAGUUCUCUAGAAAGGCGCCAAUCGCUCUGA